UCCGCCUGGGCAUGCUUGGUGCAGCUCCACUUGGAGCAAGUGCGGAGGUCAAGGAUGACUCCGACUACGCGGAAAAGGCGCAUAGAUUGCUUGAUGAUCCAGAAGUAAGACUCAUCCGUGAGUUGCAACAAGGGGUGAAGCUUGUGGAUGGCAAGAGCGGCCAAUCCCUGGCUUUGCCGCAGUUGCUCUGUCCUGGCAGUCUGCUGUAUGACGCUGAUUUGGUCUGUGUUGGGGAGAUUCAUGACUCGGCAGCAGAUCACGCCAUGCAGAGACUCUUGAUUGACGCGCUGACGUACCAACUAUUCCUGGAGCUUCGGCAGUCUGAAGGGGUUGAUGCGUCUGCACCACGGGGUCGUACUCCACAGAACUUAUCUGCACAAAGGGUGGCAGUUGGCGUAGAAUACUUUUCCCGGCGCCAGCAGCCGACCUUGGACAGUCUGAUCUUUGACAAGAGCAAAGACGGGCUGGGCAGCAGCCCCUCCAAAUUUCGGGAAGCUUGCGACUGGGAUCGAGUUUGGGCUUACGAUUGGGACAUCUACGCUCCAUUGUUUCGCUUCUGCCAGCUUAAUCUGAAUCGAAUCAUUGGACUCAACCUUCCGCUCGAGGCGGUGCUCACCGUCUCUCGAGGUGGCCUGGAUUCGGCUCCGGAUUGGCUGCGGGAGCAGUUGCCGCCAUUGGAUCUCACACAGCAGAAGCACCGCCGCAGGUUUGAAGAUAUGCUGCAAAUGCCGCUGCAGGAUGCAGUGCGAAGGAUGGGCUUGCCAGUGGAUGAGUGGUCGCCAAAGAAGAAAUUGAACAACAUGUAUCAAGCUCAAGUGCUUUGGGACGAGUUUAUGGCCAACACAGCACUGGCCUACAUCAACGACGUUGGUGGGCGUCUCGUGGCAUUGGCGGGCGCAAAUCAUGUUUGGCGCGAUGCCAUUCCCGAACGUUUUGAACGCCAAGCAGCACGAGGAGGCACGCCGAGAAAGGCGGUCACCAUCGUACCUUGGCGAGGUGACCGAUUACCACCACCAGGCGUUGCGGACUUCCUGUUGCGUAUGGACGGGGCUGGAGGUGGUGACAAGAUCGCGGCAGUGCUGCAAGAACAGCGCCAACGUUUGAGGGGCCAGCCGAGGGUGUUUCCUGCUGGUUACCUUUGAAGCGG